ACUGAGCUGCGCAUCUCACGGAUGGCGUUGUAACCGAUACCUACUACUGGUGGGCAGAUCUCCAGUCUACUAUUUUAUAUCACUGUCCGUUCUCUAUGCUUUUGGCACCGGACCGUAGCUUGCUCAUGAUUUCUGCAAAACAUUGCCCAUACACAUACGUUUAUUCUCCUAGCCUUGCAGCUCUUUCAUUCGUUGACUCAAUCAAUUGUUUCCAGAAUGGUCCUCUCACUUAGUUACCGACGCCCACAGCGCGUUGAUACAAUAGAAUCCCGUCGAUGUGACGACUAUAUCUCGGACAAUGAAAAAGAGGAUUUAUCUCUUAGAUCAGGGCGGUCUGGGGCUUCGACCGGAGUUCCUGAUGCCCUUGCCUUCGAUAAGAUCAUCAAUGGCGGUACCUGCCCGCCGAUGACAAUUCGAGAUUUCAUGAACUACCUCAUCUACAUCGAACACUCAGCAGAAAACCUCCAGUUCUUCCUAUGGUACCGCGAGUACGUCCAGCGCUUUAAGGAGGCCAGCACCUCUGACAUCCUGCUUGCUCCCGAGUGGACCCAAGCACAGGAAAAUGAGGUGAUUGCUAAACUGCAUAAAGCGGCUGCGGAUAAGCGGAAGAAGGAACCCAAGGCGGCGGAGAUUUUCAAGGGCACCGAUUUCGAGAAGCGCGUAGAGACGGUCAUCGAAAGCAAAGAUCCGUUCUCAACCCCACCGCGCACUGCAGGAAGUCACGACAAUGACACACCCUCUGUCUUCUCGGGCAACAGCUCUAAUGCCACAAGCUGUCGCUCACAAGCUCAGAACGCCUUCAACGCCGCGGGUGCCAACCAGCCUUUCUCCAUUCAGCCCUUCAGGGAGGAAAUUGACAGAGUGGUUGCAACGUACAUCGCCGACGACGCGCCCCGACAACUCAACUUGUCGUCCCGCGAGCAAAAGGUGGUGCUGCAGGCUCUGGCGUAUACGACUCACCCAUCAGCCUUCCGCACUGUUGCCCGAAGCAUUGAAAACACCCUUCGCACGCAAGCCCACCGCAAUUUCAUACGCUGGUCCAUCUGCAACGGCAAUCCCGCUCGCGUCUGGUUCGCUCGUGGCCUCGGCGUUGGGACUAUCGUUCUCGCCACCGUUCUAGCUGUCAUCCUCGCCCUCAGUCGAGUCAGACGCGGCUGGCGGGCCCUCGCGGCCAUCGGCUGGGUGCUCGGCAUCGCCACGCUCAUCGCGGCGUACAAGGGCAUGUGCGUGGUGCUACACGGGCUGCACCACCGGCACAUCCGGCCUUGGGAGCUCUUCGUCGAGGACGACGGCGAGAGCCGGGCCAAGACGAGCUUCGACUCUUUUGGGUCGUCCAACAGUUACGAGGAGGAGCCGUGGAUUGUCAAGUACGAGAAACGGAACAUUGUUCGGAAGGUCUUUGAUCGUGAGGUGUGGAUUCAGGAGCCUGCUCUUAGGCAGAUCCAGGAUACUAUCUUUAUUCAGUCUAUGAUCUGCGCUCUUCUCGGAGCGGGGGUCUUGACGGCUGUUUUUGUUGCGGUUCCAGGUGGUCGUCUCUUUUGAUUUGAGAUACACAACGUGUUGGUCUGACUUACUACAUCCGGUUCCAUGGCAGGGUUUCUAAAUUAGAUGGUUACUACUACGGCCAUAAUAGGAAGGGCCUGGUAAGGAUUAGCUGAUCCAGAGC